GGUUUCUUUCAUGACAAGAUUACCACCAUGCCAUCAGCUCCACGAUGCGGCUGCUCAACAUCUCGACACGGGAAUUUCAGACCUUCGGCGACGAUGAUCGGCCACCAUACGCCAUCGCAAGCCACCGCUGGGAAGACAAGGAAACCACCUACCAUGACAUGCUGCAAAAUGGAGGCGCCUCCAGUAAAGGAUACACGAAGAUUAUGGGCUUUUGCCGUCUCGUCCAUCGCAUGAACGUACAGAUUGGCCCUGCUAGAGCUUUGAACGACCUUGGCCUGCGACGACAAUGCGACUGGCUUUGGAUCGAUACCGCGUGCAUCAACAAGCAGGAUGGCGCGGAGCUAUCAGAGUCAAUCAAUUCCAUGUUCUCAUGGUAUGGCAGUUCGUCUAUCUGCUAUGCGUACCUUGCGGAUGUCAAGCCUUCGCAUAAGCUCUGGAGCAGCAAGCUGGACCUCAUGCGGAGUCAGUGGUUCAAGCGAGGGUGGACUCUGCAAGAGUUGCUCGCUCCACGUACAGUCGUGUUUGUCGCAAAUGAUUGGACUGUCAUUGGGCACAAAUGCGCUUAUAGUGACAAGGUGUGCAAUUCCAUUUGCCAGGGCUUUGGCGACCGCCUGAACAAAUCGAUCGCACACAUUACAGGUAUCCCACAAAACAUUAUCAACUCCUCGAUGGCCCACGAAUUGCGUGCUGUACCAGUGGAAGAUAAACUGGCGUGGGCGAAGAAACGAGUCACAACUCGAACGGAGGAUCAGGCAUAUUGCUUGCUGGGUCUUCUGGAUGUGUUCAUCUCUCCGAUAUAUGGAGAAGGCGAAAAUGCAUGGGCGAGGCUGGUCCAGGCGCUCGAAUACAAGCAGUCGCUACAGACGCCUGGACCAGCUGCAAAAGCAUCGAAGAGCACCAUGUGGUUCAGGCUGCGUGGCGCGAAGAAAGAGGCCAAACAGGAAGGGAGAUAUGCGUCUGCCACCACGAUGACGGCUGUUGUCAGCAGUUACACGUCUGCUCCCUCUUCUCAAAGGCCAGUGCACAGCGAUAGUGCUGUGAUUCGCCCACCUGUGUCAAUGCCGAUAACAUCGCGACCGGGACAAAGCAUGGGAGUCACGAGUGCCAGGUUCGACUCUCGUCCGUCCGCCCCUCAGAUUGGACGAUCGCUGCCGAGCACGAAUUCUGCAAGCGGUCGCCUGCCGUCCGCGCCUCAUUAUAUAGGGUAUACGCAAAGCGCGAACGCCAUAUAUGAUGAAAGGGGCGCUCUCUCAGCUCCGGCUGAUGCGGAUAUGUAUUUGACACCUGCUGGGCUCGAUUCGGCCAUAUAUCACGAAGAUGGUGCUAUUUCAGCUCCGGCCGAAUCAAUGACAGCCUAUGUCGCCGGGCUGAGGAGUGGCAUUGCGCCGCACGCACAUCAGACUCAUUUGAGUCCCGGUGCGACGACGUUGGUCAAUACCAACACCGGAACCACAGACCAAUAUUGGGGCAUAAUUGAGGAAGAACCUGCGCUUGUUUCAUUCAACUCGCAACUCAAGCACCGAUAUGGGAGCGGUUGGUCGUUUCACGAUACGGCAACAGGCUAUAACUCACAAUGGUUCCAUGAGCUUGAAGAUACAUCCCUGAGCAUGGGUACGAAGCACACAUUCGAGGCGCUUGGUACAGCAGUAACAGUGAGGAAUGUGCUUGCUUUGUUUGACUUCAUACCUGACGAGCCUGACGAACUUGCGUUCACGGCAGGUGAUACUAUCUGCGUGAUUGAGUCCGUGUUCCAAGACUGGUGGCGGGGAAGUCUGGAUGGCCGGACGGGCAUCUUUCCAUUGAAUUACGUUCAGAAGCUGGACCCUCGCGUGGAUGACUCGGGCUCGGUAAUUACCUCUGAGUCUGCUGAUGCGGACAAAGCCGUGAGAACAUACGGGCCUGCUAAUAUAUCAACGUUGAUGGAAGGACGUCGACCGGACGUGAACGAUUGGCUGAAGCACGACGGGCUGAGUCCUGGACUAAUGGGCAAUUUCCAGUGGCAACGGUUGUCUACGACCUAUGUCGACGUCGAGGCCGAGCUCGCCAUAGGCCAUGAAAUUGGGGCCCGUCCGGGGACGCCCAAAUAUGAGAUGCCGAGAGCCGCAGCCACAUCUUUGAAACAAAGGCCCGUGAGCGCGCAACUGGGUCGGAAGCUUGUCAAUGAUUCCGUGCUUGGAAAGCGAUUCAAACAGGUCGUCGUAGAGCAGCCAGUCUCUCCACUGUCUGCGAGUGAAGCCGAAGAUCAAAAUCAGCAGUUCAUCAAUGCUAUCGCUGCAUCCUCGCUCGUCAGCGAGCAUCACAAGCCAACGCCACAAGGACUGCCUUCUACCCUUCCGGCAACCUCUACUGCCAUAUUUCAACCUAUUCCGCAGCGACAGAAACUACCAGCCGACAUUGCGCUAAAUAAACUGAAUCCAGAGGACAAUGAUGGAGAUAGCAUUCAAGCAGAUGAUUUCUGGGCAGAGUGCUGGCAACCUCCUGUCCUGGCCCGAGUCACGACUUUGGAGCAGACUAAACAGGAGACCAACGUGGUCACUUGGUCCGAUGAGGCACAGCCACAGUCUGCGGUCGUCAUGAAACAAGUCACCACAAACACCACAGUUUCACCUCCGAUAGAGAUACCAGAUACCAUUCACAUCCCGAGAAUUGUCCUCAAGGCAUUGCUGGAGCAGCAGGCUCGUCCCAUCGCGGGAGCAUCGAGCGAGACUGAGCUACUUGCCAACACGGCCGUCGAGUAUAUACGAGAAUUGCUCCUCUCGCAAAACGGGGCUCAGAAUUCUCUGCAAGCUAAGCCGAGCGGAGUUGUUGAGUCUGUGGAGAUCAAGACUGCGAAAUAUGAGGCCACUUCGGUUACGCAGAUGGUAUCUGCGACUGCGGCAAACAUGAGCAAAGGAGACAGAAUAGUCGAAGUGAACACAACCGAAUUGCCUGACCAAGUCGUCGCGGGAUGAGCUUGUCAUGGCAUCGGAGGUACAUAUGGAAAUGCUGGAAACUGAAUGGGAGAGCCAGUGCUAUAUAGCUUGGGCUGGAAAGGUGCAGAUCUCCGAUUAUGCCUAGCUUGAGACAAUGAAAGUAUCUCUCACAAGUACCUUAAGAGGUUUCGGAGCGAAGGAUUUGGAAGUAUUUCAGCUGCCCAAAAUCCACGCAGUUUGUGGCGUCGAUGUGGAAACUUUGUUUGGAAUGGCCUCGCGCACUCAGCCACCGCCGCGUUAUACAAGAACGAGAUCAUCCUCUGACAAGCCUUUCGUCUGUUGCUUGUCCCAAACCUCCUUGCCAAUACCGGUACUACCAAAAUGAUCAACAUGAAAUACUCCAUACCAUGGUAUCUAGGACUCACAACCCUAGUCACAACAUCCGCCUCUGCCCAAUGGGUCUCAACCACAACCUACACCUUCUCAGGCAACACACUUCCCACAGGCCUCAUCGCCUCCUCCGACUUAAUCGGAGACACCGCAGACCCCUCCUCAACAGCAACCUACAACCAUCAAUUCAACA